UUUUGAAAAGCCUGGCUAAACGCGUGUGUGAAGCUACGCGCAUGCGCAGUGUGAGUGUACUAGGGGACGGCGAGUUUGACCGGAGUGAAUGUAGAGAUCUUGCCGUGGCUGAGCCAUGAGGUUGACGGCUGUUCUCUCCAUGGCGGCGAGGGCCGCGUUCCCUCACGAUUACCGGUACGGGACGAGCCGGCCGUGGACCGUAGCGGCGCGCAGACUCAACCCACCGGGCAAGACCAGGAGGAAAGUGUUUGUGGAGCCGGUCGCUCCGGGGGACUGGGGUGUGUUCAGAGGAGACAUGGUGGAGAUUCUAUCCGGAAACGAUAAAGGGAAGCAGGGGAAAAUCAUCCAGGUGUUCAGACAUCGUAACUGGGUGAUCGUCGAGGGACUCAACACGCACCACAGGUACAUCGGUAAAUCCGGAGACUACAGAGGAACCUACGUGAGGAGUGAAGCUCCUCUGCUGCUGAAGGACGUUUCCCUGGUCGACCCCUCAGACAGGAAGCCCACGGAGACGGAGUGGAGGUUCACCGAGGAGGGCGAGAGGGUGCGGGUGUCCGUCAGGACGGGGCGGAUCAUCCCCAAACCCGUGUUCCAGAGGAAGGACGGCAUCAUCCCACAGCAGUGGAAAGACGGACCCAAGGACACGUCGCCUGACGACACGCUGGAGAGAACCUACACUCCAUCUCUAAAGACUCUGGAGGAGGAAGUGAUGGAGAAGCUGCACAUUCAGGAAGCGAGGAGACCGCGGAGGAGCUUCUGGUACUGAGGAACCGGGGCGAGAGGGACUGGAGAUCAAACGAGUCACAAUAAAAAAAAUCUUUAUUAA